AGUUGAGGUGAUUCGGUCUCGCGAGCAUGUUGCACUCCAUGGACAUAUUGAGCGGAAAGUUUUCGUUAGGUGUCACUAGUGUCGGGGCGAUCAGUCCGAGUCAUUCGUCCGUGUUGGACUCGAAUGCCAACAGGAUGCAUCCCUACUUGAAGCAGGUGGCCAAUAGCAAUGGAGUGAAAACCGCGAUGGCGAUGAACAACAACACCACCAACACGAACAACAACACCAGCAACGCGAACAACAACAACCUGCCGCAGGCGCAGCAGCAGCAGCAACAGCUGAAGAUCGAGCAGCAGGAGCAGCCCGACGGCGACACGAUCAAGAUGUUCGUGGGGCAGGUGCCGCGCUCGAUGGACGAGAACGACCUCAGGCGCAUGUUCGAGGAGUACGGCCGCGUGCAUUCGAUCAACGUGCUGCGCGACAAGGCGACUGGGGCCAGUAAAGGAUGCUGUUUCGUCACCUUCUUCACCAGGAAAUCCGCCCUGCAGGCUCAGGACGCUUUACACAACGUGAAGACUUUGAAUGGGAUGCAUCAUCCCAUUCAAAUGAAGCCGGCCGACAGCGAAAACAGAAAUGAACGAAAAUUAUUUGUCGGCAUGCUGAGCAAGAAGCUUUGCGAAAACGACGUGCGCGCCCUCUUCAGCGCUUACGGAACCAUCGAAGAAUGCACGGUGUUGAGGGACGUGACGGGAAACUCCAGAGGGUGUGCCUUCGUUACCUUCGCAUCGAAACAGUCUGCCUUAAGUGCCAUCAAAGGCCUCCAUCAAUCCCAAACGAUGGAAGGUUGCUCCGCCCCACUAGUAGUCAAAUUCGCCGACACGCAAAAAGAAAAGGAGAUGAAGCGCCACCAGCAGAUGCAGGCGAACGUGUGGAACGCCUUAGCCGCCCCCACUCUCGCCUCUCCCCCCCAGCAGUUCUCGCCCGUGCUGCCCAACGAGGCGACGUCGCUGCAGCUGCUGCAAGCGAUGGGCGGCGCCGGGUUGCUGCAGCAGCAGUUCCUUGCCGCCGGCGGCACCGAGAAUCUGCUGGCGCCCAUCGGCGUGCAGAAUCUGGUGACCUUGGCGGCCAUGUCGCAGCCGGCGGCCGCAGCUGCAGCGCCUUUGUGCAUGGCCAACUUGCUGGGCAAGGGGUCGGGGGUGGAGAGGACGCUGACGGCUGGGUUGCAGCAGGGGUUGUCGGCGCCGGACCUCUCGACGUACGGGUCGUUGAUCACCAGCGCCACCAUCAAUGCGGCGGCGCUGGCGGCGGCUGGGAAGCAGAUCGAAGGACCAGACGGCUGUAACCUAUUCAUCUACCACCUACCGCAAGAAUUCACCGACACCGAUCUGGCGUCGACGUUCCUGCCCUUCGGUCCCGUGAUAUCCGCCAAGGUGUUCAUAGACAAACAAACGAACCUAUCGAAGUGCUUCGGCUUCGUGUCGUUCGAUAACGCGCAAUCAGCGCAACAGGCCAUCCAAGCGAUGAACGGCUUUCAGAUAGGCACCAAACGGCUCAAGGUGCAGCUGAAGCGAGCCAAGGACGCGUCCAAGCCCUAUUAGCCAAAGAGACGCGCGAGAGAGUCGGAGUGGGGGGCCGGCCACGCCUCCGAGCGCGCACUCGCUUCGACCAAAGCGCGCUCGCCGACAGGCCGGCCUAUCGCUCGUCGCGCCCCAGCACCGUGCCAGUGCAGUGCAAAUCUCAGGAUCUAGCUGCUAUUUUUAUGAACUGUGAGAUAUUUUUACUAGUUAACUGCGGUCUUGACCCACCGCGCUCUUGUAAAUUAAAUGAUGUAUAUGACGAAUGACGAGGAUGUUUCGACUAAAUGUUUUUGUUUUUCCUUUUUAUUUGGUAUUUAGUUUUAUUUGUCAUGUUGGUCGACAGGUUCGUUUUUUAUUUUCUGUGUUCGUGGCGUACGCGCGUAGACAUACACACACAUCCUCUGUUGUUUAGUUAAAAUACCUAGGCCAUAUGUAAAUGUUGAGUGAUUUAGUUAUGUUUUAUCUCUGGAGUCUACAGUUUAUUAUUAGUAUCCCUUUUAUUUAUAUACAUCUGGAGCAUGUAUUUGAAUUGUACCUUUAUUUUCUAUUGUUAUUAAUUAAAACCAAAGUACAGACC